AUGCAUUUAUUGAUUGAAGUAUUGAUCAAGGCACUUGUUGGCCACUGGUGCUAUCAGUCACAGAAGGAUGAGCAUCCACACUGUGAAGAUCCUCGACACUGGUAUCUAACAGAAGCCUCUUGCAAAGGAAACAAACAAUCACCUAUCAAUAUUGUCACCAAAAAUGCCAUUUAUGACAAGAGCCUUAAGCCACUGAGUUUUGAAGGAUAUGAUGUGAAGGGGUCUUCAAAAUGGAACAUAGAAAAUAAUGGACAUACAGUUAAAGUUACAUUGAGCACAUUCCCUAAAAUUGGAGGUGGAGGUCUGGGAAGAAAAUACAAGGCAAUAGAAUUUCACUUGCACUGGGGAACUGAAGGUGUGUCGCAGUACCUUCCGGGGUCAGAGCACAGCAUAGAUGGAGAAAAACAAGCCAUGGAGCUUCACAUCGUGCACAUAAGAGAAGAUGUUUUGGAUGUAACAGAAGCAAAGAAAAAGGCAGAUGGUGUGGCUGUGUUAGCAUUCUUUAUAAAGGUUAAAGAAGAAAAUAAAAAUUUUGCAACUCUAAUAAAUGAAUUAGACAAUAUUAAAUACAAAGGGCAAACAGCACAGAUGGAGGCUUUGCCACUGAGUUCUCUGCUCCCACCUGAGAAAGAGCUGGGGAGGUACUAUCGGUAUGAGGGCUCCCUCACCACUCCUGAUUGCCAUGAGGGUGUUAUCUGGACAGUAUUUGAGAGGCCAAUUGAACUCAGCAUUACUCAGAUUUCUCAGUUUUCAACAGUCCACUUUGAAGGGAAGAACUCAACCUCCAUGGCUGAAAAUUUCCGGCCUGCUCAGUUUCUGAAUGAACGAAAGGUGUACUGGUCCAGUGCCAGCAUCCUCCUGCCUCCUGCUAAAGUUCUAAUGUUGGUCUUGAUGCUUACGUACAUCUUGAGUUCUCUUUUCCAGUGA